AUGCCCAAGACCGUCACCGUCUCCCUCCCCGCGCUCGCCCGCCUCAUCGACCACUCCCUGCUGCACCCCACCCUCACAGACGCCGACCUCUCGGCGGGCCUCGCCCUCGCCCGCUCCGCCUCGUGCGCGUCGGCGUGCGUGCCCCCCUACGCCGUGCCCCUCGCGGCCGCCGCCCUCGCCGGCUCCCCCGUGGCCGUGUGCGCCGUCGUCGGCUUCCCGCACGGCACCUCGUCCAGCGCCAUCAAGCUCGCCGAGGCAGACGCCGCCCUGCGCGACGGCGCGACCGAGAUCGACGUCGUCGUCAACGUCGGCAAGGUCCUCGGCGGGGCGUGGCCCUACGUCGAGCACGAGGUCGAGGCGCUGAACCGCCUCGUCACCAGCAGGGGCGCCCUCCUCAAGGUCAUCUUCGAAAACGACUACCUCGCCGACGAGCACAUUGCCCGGCUCUGCGAGCUCUGCACCCGCCUCGGCGUCGCCUUCGUCAAGACGAGCACCGGCUACGGCUUCGUCAAGCAGCCCAACGGCAUGUACAGCUACAAGGGCGCCACGGCGCCGCACCUCAAGCUCAUGCGCGAGCACGCCGGGCCCGGGGUGCAGAUCAAGGCGGCCGGCGGCGUGAGGACCCUCGACGAGCUGCUGUACGUCAUGAGCUUGGGCGUCACCAGGGUGGGCGCCACGGCGACGCAGGCCAUCCUCGACGAGGCGCGCAGGCGAGGCAUCGGCGAGGACGAGGUCAAGGUCGAGGUCAAGGCCAUCAACGGCAACGAGGGAGGCGCCUACUAG